ACAAUGAAGACUCUGCCAACGAUUCUGAUUCCCCAUUACCAUCCAAGGCAAAGAAACAGCCCAUAAAAAAAGCGAAAGCAACGAAGAAAAUUCAAUUAGACAAUGAAAAUUCUGACAACGAUAUUUCUGACGUUCCGGAAGCUUCUUCAAGCCAAACAGACGCUUUGCAUAGCGGAAAAACUGUUGAAGAAAUAUAUCAAAAGAAAACGCAAAUUGAGCAUGUUUUAUUACGACCAGAUACUUACAUUGGGUCUGUCGAAGCUAUAACCGAAAAACUUUGGGUUUACGACUCAGAAAGCGAGUCUAUGGUGUACAAGGAUGCGACUAUAGUCCCCGGACUUUACAAGAUCGUUGACGAAAUAUUGGUUAACGCUGCUGAUAAUAAGAUUCGUGACUCUUCAAUGAAUACCAUAAAAGUCAAGAUUGACCAAGAGCAGAAUUUUAUUUCAAUAUAUAACAAUGGUAAAGGAAUACCUAUUGAGAUACAUAAGGAAGAACAAGUCUAUGUUCCUGAAUUGAUUUUCGGGCACCUUUUGACAUCAUCGAAUUAUGAUGAUAAUGAAAAGAAGGUUACGGGUGGUCGUAAUGGAUAUGGCGCGAAAUUGACAAACAUCUUUAGUACUGAAUUUACUGUGGAGACAACUGACACAAAUGCUAAAAAAAGGUACAGACAAACAUUCAAGGAUAACAUGAGCGUCAAACAAAAUCCAAAAGUAACUUCGUAUUCAAAGAAAGAAGAGUAUACUGAGAUAUCCUUUAAACCGGAUCUUGCAAAGUUUGGCUUGACUGAGUUAACUGAUGACAUUGUUGCGUUAUUAAAAAAACGUGUAUUCGAUAUGGCUGGUUGUGUUAAGAAUGUAAAAGUUUUUUUGAAUGAUGAACGACUUAAGAUUCGGAAUUUCAAGGAAUAUAUUCAAAAAUAUUUACCGCCUCCAAAUCCAUCCGAAGACUCAGUUUCGAAAUCCCCAGAUAUAAUACAUGAGCAGGUUAAUGAACGCUGGGAAGUUGGUUUCACUCCAAGUCAAGAAGGUCAAUUUCAGCAAGUAAGCUUUGUAAAUAGUAUCGCUACCACGAAGGGUGGUACACAUGUCAACCAUGUUAUUGAUCAACUGGUUACAAGAAUAGUAGAAACUGUCAAGAAGAAGCAAAAAGAUGCCAAAUUGAAACCAUUCCAAGUUAAAAAUCAUAUAUCGAUAUAUAUUAAUUGCUUAAUUGAAAACCCAAGUUUCACUUCUCAAACUAAGGAAUAUAUGAGUCUAAAAGAGAAAUCAUUUGGCUCGUCUUGCACCCUUAGUGAAAAUUUCAUAAAUAAAGUGCUAAAAUCUGUAAUUAUCACGGAUAUCAUUGAAGAAGUCAAGCAAAAACAAGAUAGAGAGUUAAAGAAAACAGAUGGUGCAAAAAGGUCCAAUGUCCUUUCUAUCGAAAAAUUAGAAGAUGCUGGUAAUGCUGGUGGCAAGUACGCACAGAACUGUACGUUAAUUCUUACAGAAGGUGAUUCGGCAAAAUCUCUUGCCGUAGCUGGCAUUUCAGUUGUUGGUCGUAAAAACUUUGGUGUCUUUCCACUUCGUGGAAAAUUAUUAAACGUUCGUGAUGCAUCACAUUCGUCAAUAAUGAGUAAUGAAGAAAUUCAAAAUAUCAAGAAAAUCCUUGGAUUGCAACACAAUAAACAGUAUACAUCAACAAAAGAUCUACGAUAUGGCCAUCUUAUGAUUAUGACUGAUCAGGAUUAUGAUGGAAGUCAUAUUAAAGGACUUAUUAUCAAUCUUUUGGAUCACUUUUAUCCCUCCUUAUUGAAAAUUCCGGAUUUUUUACGAGAAUUUAUUACGCCCAUUGUCAAGGGGUUGGGGACCAGUGAACCUAGAGAUGCGAAAGAAUACUUUAGUGAUUUACCUACUCAUAUGAAACCUUUUCGCGAACUUCAACAAGACGAACGUUCACUAAUAGAUAUGGCAUUUAAUAAAAAAAAAGCAGAUGCUCGUAAGGAAUGGUUACGGACUUAUCAACCUGGAACUUAUAUGGAUCAUAAUGUUGAAGAAAUCACAAUAACUGAUUUUAUUAACAAGGAGUUAAUAUUAUUCAGCAUGGCGGAUAACGCACGUUCAAUACCUUCAGUAAUCGAUGGAUUUAAACCUGGUCAGCGUAAAGUUAUGUACGGUUGUUUUAAGAGAAAUCUUAAUAAAGAGGUUAAGGUCGCACAAUUGGCGGGAUACAUCUCAGAGCAUUCAGCUUAUCAUCAUGGCGAACAAAGUCUUACAUCAACUAUAAUUGGUUUGGCUUAUGAUUUUGUUGGAUCUAACAACAUAAAUUUGUUGCAACCACGAGGUACAUUUGGUAGCAGGGCUCAAGGUGGAAAAGAUGCUGCAAGUGCUCGUUACAUUAAUACUGCACUCCAACCAAUCACACGGUUAAUUUAUCAUAGAGCAGAUGAUAAUUUAUUGAAAUAUCUUAAUGAUGAUGGUCAAUGGAUCGAACCAGAAUGGUAUUGCCCAACUAUACCAAUGGUUCUUGUAAAUGGAUCAGAAGGUAUUGGAACAGGAUGGAGUUCUUACAUUCCAAAUUAUAAUCCGAUGGAUUUGGUUAAAAAUCUACUUCGCUUGAUGGACGGUAAAGAACAAGAACCAAUGCAUCCUUGGUAUCGUGGCUUUAGAGGUGUUAUUAAACCACUGGAUAAAGAUAAAUACACAAAUAACGGUGUGAUUGAAAGAGUCUCUCCUACAGAAAUAAAGAUUACAGAAUUGCCCGUUCGAACUUGGACACAGAAUUAUAAAAAAGAUCUAAUCGACAAGUUUAUGGGAUUUAUAAAUAAGUUUGACGAAGAACAUAAAGCUUAUACUGUAGAAUUUCAUAUUACACUAAAGGAAGAGCUUGCUGACCUUAGUGAUGAAGAACUUGCGAAAAAAUUUAAGAUCAAUUCCACGAUUGCUAUUUCAAAUAUGGUUUGUUUUGAUCCAGAGGGUCGCCUGAAAAAGUACCAGACUCCUGAAGAUAUUCUUCAAGAAUUUUACCACAGAAAAGAUUAUUUGAUAGCUGAACUUCAACAUGAAUGUCUUAAGUUAUCAAACAAAGUUCGGUUUAUCAAUAUGAAGAUAAAGCAUCAACUCGAGUUUGAAGGACUGAGGAAAAAAGCUAUAAUAGAAUUACUGGCGGCCAAUGGUUUUGACAAAGUUCAUAAAAGACCCGUUGUAAGACAUGGUGUAGAAAGUUCAAAUGAUGAUGAGGCGGAAGAAGAUUUAAAUGAUAGUGGUUAUAAUUAUCUUAUGUCGACGCCUGCAUGGGCUUUCAGUAAAGAAGAGGCCGAAAGAAUUAACUCAUUGAAAAAUGAAAAAGAAAAAGAAUUGAGAGUUCUUGAAGCAAAACCUCCUAAAGAAUUUUGGAAAGAUGAUUUAAAGGCAUUUGAAGAGCAAUGGAAUGUAAAAAAGAGUGAGCAAGAAUCUAAAUCGAUUAUGGAAUACUUUGGUUCGAAGGCUCAACCUGUUUUAGAGGAGAUAAAUAAUCAAAAUGAAAUGAACGGCCAAAAUCAGGAUGUGAAUGCUAAAAAUGAGAAUGAAGAGAUUAAAGAGAUGAAUGGUAAAAACGAAAAGGUAGAUGAUCAGAGUGAUGUUGAGAUAGUCGAUGUGGUUAAGCCGAAACGAAAGAAAAUCUUUAAUCAAAAUGAAGGUCCACGGUCCAAGAUGCUCAAAGUUUUUGAUCUCGAAUUUUCUUCUGAUGAGGAAGAACCGGAACCAAAACCAAAGCGUGGUGGCGCUAGGG